AUGUUAAAUCAUCAUCAUGAAAUCUCUCAGAAGCUUGAUGAGUUCACCUUAUUGGAACAUUAUCAUCAUCACGAAAUGCCAAUGGAUACAAGGUCAUGGCUCUUUGUAUGCGGAAAGAAUGAUCAUUAUCAAUUGAUGUGCAAGCCUUCUUCUUCUUCAUCGGAGGAAGGAAAUAAUAAGACCAUUAUUUCUUGUUUGAUCACUCCACAACUUUCCGAGUGGUACAAAAUUAUGGAUGAUGUGAUAGCAAUUGCUAAUGGAGAUAUUCAUACAUUGUUUUUAACGAAAAGUGGACAAGUGUUUGGAAUUGGAAAUAAUCAACAAGGUCAGCUUGGAGCCGAAAAUGUGGAUCUAAUAUCGAACUUGAUAAGAAUUCCUGUUAAAGAUGAUGUUAAAGUUACAAGUAUUAUAUGUGGAAGCUUUCAUUCCAUGUUACUUGGAUCUAAUGGUUCGGUAUAUGUCGCUGGCGAUUCCUCUUUUCAUCAAUUAGGUAUUGAAGAUCAAGAAAUUGUGACAGAAUUUACAAAAGUACAGUUUCCAGAACCUAAUACUCAUGUUUCCUUAAUUGCCACAAGUUACUCUCAUUCCGUGUGUUAUUGCGAAAAUGGUAACAAAGUUUUUGGAAUGGGAAGCGUUUUUGAAGACAUUUACGGUGAUGCCUAUUGCACUCCACAAUUAUUACCUCUAUUUCAAAACAAGUUUAAUUGUACUUUGAAAACCAUUCAAGCAGGUUAUAGAUAUACCUUAUUUUUGACAUCUGAAAACGAAGUGUAUUUGCAUGGAAAAUUUGAAAGAACAUUGUAUGCACAACCUAUCAAAAUUUCCAUACCAAACAUUAGAAAUAUUUUCGCUGGUGGUAAUCAUUAUUUUCUUGAAACAUUGGACUCCAAAUUUUAUGGAUGUGGCUUAAAUGAUGACAAACAAAUACCUUUCUACUCUGAAACGGUCACCAUUACUCCUGUUGAAAUUACACCUCCUCAACAAUUCUCAGAUUUCCGCAUUACAAGCAUAGCAGCAGGAUCAUAUCACACUGGAGUGGUUACUGCAUGUGGUAGAAUUUAUACAUGUGGAUGGAAUGAGCUAGGCCAACUAGGCUCCAAUACUAAAGCAUACAGCGUUGAAUGUUCUCCAUUGCACAUGGAUCUAUCGGUUCAACUUGAUAUUUCUCGAGGUACAACUGCUGUCAAGAUAUUCAUGUCUCCAUCAGCUGAUAAUACCUUCCUCUGGUUUCGAAGAAUAAGGGAAAAGUUGCAAUUUUUCAUCAGGCUCUUUCAAAAGAUCCAAGGUGUUACUGCACGUUUUUCAGAUAUUGCAGUACAUACUAUUACUUGA